AUGUCAGGCGCUGCUCAGAAAACCAAGUCAAAGCACGCAACGUUUACAGAGUGCCUGCAACGGGAAGCGGAACGCGUGCAGCGACGAGAGCCGGCAGCGCUCGCGACCUGGCUUGCGGAACUUGCCGCUGCGAGCGACGACGCACAACAAUCCGAAGAACUAGUUACGGAAUGGCACAAGUUUUUCCAAGACUUUGUUGCACGCCAGCAGUUUCGUGUCUUUGUGACCGGUGAUCAGGUGCCAGACCAGGGCGGUCGAGCAAUCGCGCUCGCAGUUCGGCACAGCAUCCGUCGUUCGGUGGAAACGGAGACAAAGCCAGAGGUUGCACGGAUGACUACCGGAGCUUGCGUUACCGGGGCAGAUGCUGCCCAGAAACUGCUCCCGGGGCUGUUACGACCAGACGUGCUUGUCUUGGCACCGGCAGCGGAGCGGGUGUGUCGGGCAGCGGCUGCAGUGGGAGCGCUUUCGCGCUUCCGCCGCUCCCGUUGGACUUGUUUGAAAGUGAUCGCUCGUCACGAGCGACUAGAAGUUAGCAUAGAACGCUGUAAGGCCUUGGCAAGAACACAAGAACGCCAUAGGAACGGUGUCAUCGUGCUGGGAACGCCUCAUCGUAUCAGCGAGUUGAUGCAGCGUCAAGUACUUGGCGCACCGCGGAAAGCACUAGUACUCGAUAUGAGCCUUGACGUGAAAUGCCGCCGUUUGUUGCGUAUGCCUGGUGUACAGCAAGCUGCCCUGCAUUGUCUGCGGAUGAUUGCAAAAGAUCUUGCAGGUGAUCAUAGCCUUCCGGAGCUCGUCUUCUACGCCUAG